AUGUCGGAUCGAGAAUUUAACUCCAACGACGACUUGUCGCUUCCAAAAGCGACGGUCCAGAAAAUCAUCACCGAGAUCCUACCCCCAUCAUCGGGCCAAACCUUCUCCAAGGACGCGCGCGACUUGCUUAUGGAAUGUUGUGUUGAAUUCAUCACACUGAUUUCCUCGGAAGCGAACGAGAUAAGCGAGAAAGAGGCCAAGAAGACCAUCGCCUGUGAGCAUGUCGAGAAGGCGUUGAAAGAGCUUGGUUUUGCCGAGUAUGUUCCGGAUAUUCUCGCCGUUGCGGAGGAUCAUAAGGAGCAGUUGAAGUCCCGCGAGAAGAAACAGAGCAAGAUGGAGCAGAGUGGACUUUCUGAGGAGGAAUUGCUCCGACAGCAGCAGGAAUUGUUCCGGUCUGCGACGGAGAAGUAUAAUCAGGGACCGGAGUAG